AUGACCAAGCUUACAACACACUUACUUCCACCAGAGCAAUAUGGGGGAAGACAAGGUUAUUGUGCUACUGAUGCUGUUUUGGAACUUGUCCAAAGAAUUGAAACUAGUAAAGAAAAAAUUUCAGCUAUGCUCAUUGAUAUUCAAGGAGCUUUUGAUAAUGUUAACAGAAAUAUAUUGGCACACACAAUGGAGGAUAUGAAACUACCCAAAGCACUUAUAAACUGGACGUACCAAUUUGUAAGUGAAAGAGAAGCUAGUAUGCUCAUGGACCGAAGAAAAGGAUCAGUGCAAAAAAUUAGUACUGGAAUUCCGCAAGGCUCACCUAUUUCACCACUACUUUUUUUGAUAUAUUCCACACCAAUGUAUCAUGCCAUUAAAGAAUGGGGUGGAACUCCUUUUGGCUUUAUUGAUGAUGUGACUAUUACCGUUGAAGGUAAAAUUGAAGAAAAUACCAAAAGCUUAAGCAACAUAUUAGAAAAAUGUUGUAAUUGGGCUAAAUCAAGAAUGACCAAAAUUGAUUUGGGUGAUAAAUUGGGUUUUAUUCAUUUUACAAAAAAUGUGAAACCUAAAGAUGAGAAAGUGCAACUUACUUUACCUAAUGGAGAACUUCGUGAACCCCAGAAGGAAGUUAAAUUGCUUGGAAUUACUUUGAACAAUCUGCUUGAUUUUAAAUCUCAUAUUUUGAAUAAAAUCAAUAAAGCAAGAAAAGCUGUUGGUGCUAUUUGGCAUCUUGGUGGCGUGCAAAAGAAUAUGGCUUUAAGAAGAAUUGUUGGUGCUUAUCGCACAACUCCUAUUGCGGUACUACAAAAGGAAGCUGGUAUUAUGCCAUAUAGUAUUAGGCUAAAAUUUAUGGUGGCACGAAAAGCUAUUCGUUUACACCUAAAUAUUAGCAAAACUAAUCCUAUUAAUGGUCAUUUGUUAACAUUGAUUGAGAAAUCUCCAAUUGCAAAGCUAACCACGCUUUACAUGUUGGCGAAAGAUGAUAGAGACUAUAUGAAUAAAAAGGAUGGAAAACGAAAAUGCAAGAGGGUUGAACCUCUUACACUGAAACAACAACAAAAUCAGACGAUUGGAAUUUUGAAGAAACAAGCAAUGGAAGAAUGGCAAGAAAUGUAUUGGAACAGCAGUAAGGAUCUGUGGUAUCAUAAUAUCACAGUGGAGUCGAAAUGUACUGAUAAUCUUUCCAAAAUGGUUACGGGAGUGAUCAUGAAGAAAGAUAGUCGAAGGAUCUUGAGUAAUAUUACUCAGUUUCGCACAGGCCAUGGCAACUUUGGCGCAUGGUUUAAAAAGUUUGGAAUUGAAAAGGAUAGUUACAACUGCAAAUGUGGAGAGCUGGAAACAGUUCAUCACAUUUUAGUUGAGUGUCCUUUGCUUGAAGAGGAAAGAAAAGGACUGAAACGGAUAUCUCCAGAGAUGGACAUGUCGACUCUCUUAAACAGUUUAACUGGCUUACAAGAGAUUGUAAGCUUUAUCUCUGCUUGGAGGGAUUAA